UGAAAACAAGUUGGGGAAAAAAAAAGAGAGAAGUUAGUACUCAUCACAACAACAUUAAGGUUUUAAUCUAUAUAUAUACAUUUUUGUCAUAAAUCAUCAUCUUCAAAUGGCCAACAAAGUUCUCUUCCAUCUCCUCGUGAUCUUCUUGUCUCUAUCUCACUUCUUCUUCUUGCCUUCCCCUGCUUCAAGACCAUGGAGUUCUAUGGAGAAGCCUACUCAUAUUGAUCUCCCUCAACAUGAUGUGGAUUUGAAGGAGAAGGUAAAAGAAAGGAUGGUGAUGGAGUUAAACGAUUAUCCAGGUUCUGGUGCCAACAAUCGCCAUUUGCCGCGUCAGCGAGGUUGUGUCGAUUGCUGAUCGAUAAAAUGAAGAAACAUCAGUUAUAAUUAUAGUAUCGAUCGAUAAGGUUAAUAUUACGUAUAAAGUAACUUAACAUAUUUACCCCCAAAAAAAAGUUUAUGUAUAUGUAAGCUUACGGACUAUGAAAUUGAGUUAGUUAACA